GGUGGUGUUCCGCGAAAAUUUGAGUAACAAUGUCGCAGUCGGUAAACGUCGAAGAGCUGGAGAAGGAUUGGUCCGAGCUGUCGGACGAAUUUCGCAGCCUGGAGGCUGCGAAUCAAUCGUACCAGGAGCUGCACGAACGGCUGGAAGAGAUGCAGGAAAAAUGCACCAAACAAAUUCAGCACCAGCGCUACCGGAUGCGGCAGAUAUCGAAAAAUCUUAAAACGUUCAUGACCAAGCAGAGACUAACGCAUACGAACAAGGAAAAAUUGACGCAGCUCGAGAAAAGCAUCAUGAAGCGGAAAGCACAGAUACACGAGAUCGAACAAGGAUUGCCGCAACAGAACAGCCGAUAUCUGAAAAUUAUUCUAGGCGACGUGAAUGUUUCGAUACUGAACCGCAACGAUAAGAUACGGUACAAGGAUGAGUAUGAGAAGUUCAAACUUAUCCUGAACGUGAUUGGUUUGCUGCUGUCGUUUCUCAACAUCGUGUACAACUAUCGCGCUUUGGAGUUAGUGUUCCUAUUUCUGUUGGUCUGGUAUUACUGUACACUUACUAUACGAGAGUCAAUUCUAAAGGUAAAUGGUUCGCGCAUCAAGGGCUGGUGGCGUCUGCACCAUUUCAUCUCCACCGUUUGUGCCGGUGUGCUGCUAGUGUGGCCCCAAGGUGAACCUUGGCAACUCUUCCGCACCCAGUUCAUGUACUUCAACGUGUACAUCAGCCUGGUCCAGUACAUGCAGUUCCGCUACCAGAAGGGUGUACUGUAUCGUCUGAAGGCGCUCGGCGAGCGACACAACAUGGACAUCACCAUCGAGGGCUUCCACUCGUGGAUGUGGCGCGGGCUUAAAUUUCUCUUCCCAUUCCUGUUUGUGGGGUAUCUGUUCCAGUUCUAUAAUGCCUAUACGCUUUACCAGCUAACGGCGCAUCCGGACGCGACCUGGCAGAUACCUGUGUUGAGCAUUCUGUUCCAGAUUCUGUUCGUUGGCAACACCUUCACUACGCUGAUGGUUAUACUGCAAAAGCAAACCGAACGCACCGAGAACCGAUACCGACUGAUGAGCCUGAUUGCAUCUAAACGACAAAAACCCGUACGGCAGCCAACGAACAAUGAUGGAGAGGAACAAGGCAAAGGAGAUGCAGAUUCAGCUAAAUCGAAGUAAAACCAUAAUUUU